CUUUGGAGAAGUUGCAGAUGCACCUGGGAAGGAGGGGCUGCGGCGAAGUAUAUAAGCUGUUGUUUCAAGUCUCGAAGGCACAUCAAGUCAAGAUGCACUCUACUCCGGUAACACUUCUGAUUCUGCUCUUGGCUACGUUGCACGUUGGCAGCGGGCAGGUGCAGGACGACUUGGCCCUGGCCGAGACUCGCGCACACGGCUACUUCAAGGGCUAUGGGUUCGGAGAGUUUGGCUUCAAAGACCACGACGAGGGGGCGAGGCAAGAAGAAAAGCAGGUCAGCUUUCCUGUGGACAAAAAGCCAGCUGAGAAACAGGAAAGGGACAACACCAGGGAGGAGGCGGACAAAGGCGACGAAGAGCAGCAAAAGAAGCUGUUUGAGGCUUUCAGGGAUUUCUACUACAAGGCCAAGAAGCAGGACGAGGAGCAAAACGUAAAGCUGGAGUCUGCCAAACCGAAAAAGGAACAACAAGAGAAUGAGAAGAAGAAAGAGGAGCCAAAGCAAGCCAUCAGUUACGCUUACUCGACCAUCGAGCAUAACCGCUUCUUCAAAAAGGGAGCUGAGAGGAAGGCAGAGCAGCGUUCGGAUGAUCAGGAUUACUACUAUUACAUCAGACAGUACUGAUUGUGAUUAAAAGACUUUUCUACAAAAUACGAAA